AUGGCGUGGUCGCAGCUCACCAUAGACAAGCCGCAUUUGGUGUACAUCAUCCUCGGCGGGUUCACCAGCAUAUUCAUGCUAUGCUCGCUGUUCAUCAAGGAGAAAUUGUACAUCGGCGAAGCAACCGUUGCGACAAUAUGUGGUGUCAUAUUUGGACCGCAUGCGGCCAAUCUCAUCAACCCUCUGACCUGGGGUAACACCGAUCAGAUUACCCUCGAAUUCUCCCGCAUCGUCCUGGUUGUCCAGUGUUUUGCGGUCGGCGUCGAGUUGCCAAAGGCGUACAUGGAAAGGCACUGGAAGUCGGUCGUGUUCCUCUUGGUCCCCGUCAUGACUUUUGGCUGGUUGGUCACCAGUCUCUUCAUUUGGUGGAUGAUUGCCCCUCUCAGCUGGCUGGACUCUCUGGUAGUUGCGGCUUGCGUCACCGCCACCGAUCCGGUCCUGGCUUCAUCGGUCGUGGGAAAGGGCAAGUUCGCAAAACGGGUUCCCAAGCAUCUUCGAGAUGUCCUAUCUGCUGAAUCCGGCUGCAACGACGGUAUGGCUUUCCCGUUUAUCUAUCUCUCGCUCUACUUGGUUAGGUACCACUUGCAGGCCAGAGAGGUUGUCUUUCACUGGACAUGUUUCACCAUCCUCUACGAGUGUAUCUUCGGCGCUUUCUACGGCGUCAUGGUCGGGUACAUUGGCCGUCACGCCAUCAAAAUGGCCGAGCGAAAAGGAUUGAUUGAUCGCGAAAGUUUCCUCGUGUUCUAUUUCGUCCUGGCCUUGUUCUGCGCCGGUUCUGGGAGUUUGCUGGGGAUGGACGAUCUUCUUAUCGGAUUUGCCGCGGGCGUCGGAUUUUCGAACGACGGCUGGUUCACGGAGAAGACUGAGGAGUCUCAUGUGUCCAACGUCAUCGAUUUGCUUCUCAACUUGGCCUACUUUGUUUACUUUGGAACCAUCAUCCCUUGGGAUCAGUACAAUGCGCAUUCUCACGGCCUCGUUCCCUGGAGGCUUGUCGUCAUUUCGAUCAUGGUCAUCUUGUUCCGUCGGAUCCCUGCCAUGUUGGCUCUGAAGCCGCUCAUACCCGACGUCAAAACAUGGCGCGAGGCUUUGUUUGCGGGCCACUUUGGGCCCAUCGGUGUCGGCGCCAUCUUUGCGGCAAUCCUCGCCCGUGCUGAAUUAGAAACAGAUGGAGCGAUACCGUUGGCCACGCUUCCUGAAUCAAGCGAGGAAUAUGAACUAAUCUACCUAAUAUGGCCUGUGGUCACGUUCUUGGUUAUCUCGUCGAUCCUUGUCCAUGGUUCAUCAAUCGCCGUGUUCACCUUGGGCAAGCGGAUCAACACUUUGACAAUCACUCUGUCGUACACUCAAGACAACGAGAAAGGGCCUGCAUGGAUGCAAAGACUUCCUAGAAUCACGUCUCAAUCGAGGUCCAUGUCCCGCAGGGAGAGCUCGGAUUUGGACAUUGACGAGAAGCUAGAGGUUCCGCCUGGCGAACUGCCACCCGUAGGGAUCCCUAAACUGCAUCUCAGGCGACAGCGGGAAGACGAGUAUGAGAAGAGGCCGACGUCUAGGUCUUCGAGUCACGGCAGAGCACGGAGGCGGAGGAGGCGGGAUAGAGAUCUCGAAGAACGGCUGGGAGGUCCUGUCACUCAGAGUGCCAUUGCCCCAUCGAGACUUAGUGAGCCUGGUCUUGUGCAACAGGAGUCGGGCUCGGACACGCUGUUCGAUAAAUCUGGUGAACCUUCACCGCAGAGUCGCCAAGAGCGCCUAGGGGCUGUGUCACCAACCUCGUCCCCAGAGCGCCAUGAGGUUGAAGCAGAGCGGGAGAGAGCGCCCGCCCGCCGUACACGUUCUCCACCGCCCCCAGACACGACUGCCGACGUCGAAGCAUACGAGGAAGGUGACGACAUUAUUGUGGAGGACGAAGAAGGCAACGUGGUGGAUACGAUUGAUGCCAGUCACAUGUCGCCUGACGAAAAGGCCAAGGCCAUCGAGAAGGCCCGAAAUCGGUUGGCUAAAGACGAAUCCGGAAAAUUCGCGAAAUACAAGCACGCGCCACACCCCAAGGACGAGGGCGAGGAGAUAGAGGAGCAGGUUGAAGAAGCUGUCAUGCCCAAGAGUAUGCGUCAGAGAUUUGAUCAGUGGGCAGGCUUCGGCAGGCGGAAGGAGGGAGAUGCGGAACCCUCGAGCUCCAAGCCAGCCGAACGAAAGCGGGGUCCGGCUCAUGCCUACCAGUUUGGCAACACGGUUAUCGUGGAGGACGAGGACGGCGAAGUCAUCAAGACGUACAACAUCCCCAGCGAAAGUGGUGGCGGCGACAAGACGAGGGAGCAGCAGGUGCGGGAUGGUUUACGCCGAAUGAGUACGUGGGUUGGUUUGGGACGACAAAAUGCACCUCCAGCGCCGGCUGGGCCCAGCACUGCUGCUCCUGCACCAUUAGACAAGCAAGACCAAGACCUCAAGGAGGAGCCUCCGAAAAAGCGAGAUUUCAAGAGGCGCAUCAGCGAUGCUUCCUCUGACGAUGGCCUGAGAAUGACAAUCUCUCGGGCUGAUCAAUACGGUCUGACUGGAUUGCAAAAGAAAACACGGGAUGUUCCUGGAACCAUCGCACUAGGAUCUGGCCGACGACUGUCAACAAGGGACUUCAUCAGGCAAAUGCAGCAGCUGGACCCUAAAAAUAAGAUUCGAGAAGUCGAACGGAGUGACGCCACCGAGGACAUUAAACGAGAAGUACGAAGAGCCGCGAACAUGGAACGAGAAGAACUUGGUGAGCUGACGCCCUCUGAUGAGAGGCCAAUGCGUGGACGGACCGAUUCAGAUAUCGGGGUGGUGUCGGGCGCUCGCCGCCCAGAUGCUGGCAGAAGAACUGCCAGUGAGCUAGAACCCGACGACUAUUUCAGCCCUCAGCGACGUCCGAAACCCAAUCGAGUUACUACUCAUGAACGCAACCCAACGGUGAGCGAAGAGAGCGAAGAAGACGAGGAAGGAGAGGAAGGAGAAAUUCCGACUCAUAAUGUGAGAUCGAGCGUGGCAAGGCACGGCAAAGGUCAGACGGCGGCGGAUUUUCGCAGAAGACACCUAGCGAGGAUUCGAUCCGAGGAGGAAGAGGAAGAGAACGAUGACGAGGGAGAAACCGCUGCAGAAAAGAGGCGUCGACUGGCCGCGUUGGGUCUGGGUGGCGGAGACGAAGAUUCGAGCAGCAACAGUGACGAAGACGAGCCCCGUCGAACUGAAGCAGCCGUGCCAGAACCCACGCAGGAGGAAGCGUCGUCUUCGGUUCAACCCAAAGCUCGGAUCCAAUGGGGCGGCGAGAGGGGUCGAGAGAAGAAAGACCCCUACGACAUCUACGCCGGCGACCCGAUCGUGGGUGCCGCAAGGAAACUGAGAGGAAUGAUGAAGAAGAAAGGUUGA